AAAUGGAAGCAAAAAGAAACCAGACCCGACCCACACAACCCUCAUCCUCCCGAGUCCGUAGUGCUUCAGGAUUCCCCUCCGUCGCCACCGCUCCGGUAGAGCUCGUCGUCAUUGGUUCCGCAUCUGAGCUUCUCCACUAUUGUCGCGGAUUCAAAAACUGCGACUAGCACACGCUCUCUCCCGGCCGCGGACUUUCUCGGCCGACCUCCUCCCUCGAAGAUAAAGGUGUCUAAUGGACAGUACAAUUUUAACAUUUCCAAGGACUACCAGAUUUGUUGGCACUCGUACCAUUGACCAUUCCCUGGGACUUUGUGCUCUUAAUUUAUCAAGAUAUAACAUAUGCUAUUUGCCUAGAGGAUUGAAAGGUCGAAUUGUUAGGAGUGCAAUGAAAUCUUAUAAGCUUUCUGAGCUUACUCAUACUGAGGUUGAUUCUCUCAAGGCUCGCCCUCCUAUUGAUUUCUCAUCCAUUUUUAGUGUGGUAAACCCGAUCGUGGAUGAUGUACGGUGCAGAGGAGAUGCUGCAGUAAUAGAUUAUACGGCAAAAUUUGACAAAGUUGUACUUGACAAAGUAGUUGAGCUUGUUUCUGAUCUUCCGGUUCCAGAGCUUGAUCCAGCUGUAAGGAAAGCAUUUGAUGUGGCAUAUGCCAAUAUUUAUGCAUUUCAUGAUGCUCAAAGGGUUCCUGAGAAGGAUAUUGAGAAUAUGACAGGAGUUCGGUGCAAAAGGAUAGCAAGGUGCAUCGGCGCCGUAGGGCUUUAUGUUCAAGGGGGUACUGCAGUUUUACCAAAGGUACGGCAGACAGCUAUGUCAGGUAACAUCUAAACUCAUUUAUAAAUACCCCUGAGAAAGAGGGAUGACACACUCAACACACGGAGACUUUUCCUCCUCCUUAACCCCCUUCACAUCUUCCUCUAACUUGAUCGUCGGAGGGGUCGGGUCGAGCACCCCGACCCGACCUUUGUGCAGGUGCGAAGCCUUCGAAGAUCCCCGCCUUCGGAGAUUCAGCAGGCUCGAGGAGCGCCCCCACGGAGAUCACCGCCUUCCGGACCCGAACCAAGCUGCGACGGCCCCGACGCCGCGGCUCAAAAAGUUACUUACCGUAACAGAAUGGCGUUAGAAGGAGGGCCCAAAAUGACGGUACAUUAGCUUUCUCCUUGAUUGCUCCACUGCAGCCGACCUGCACCAGCAGCAGCGACUUCUGGGGCCGGUCUCAGCUCCUCGGCCCCUCGGCCCCAUGCGCGCGGCUCGGCCCCACACGCGCGGCCAGCCCACACGUCUCGGCUCCUCGGCCCCAUGCGCGCGACCAACCCGCCCACGUCGGCCCCACGGGCGCGACCAGCCCGUGCGUCUCAGCCACUCGACCCCACGCGCGCGGCCAACCCGCGCGCCUCGGCCCCAUGCGCAGCCAGCACGCUGCCUUGACCUCGUGGUCAAAACGCCCGCGUCAGCCCCACGCGCGCGGCCAACCCGCCCGCGUCGGCAGCACGCGCGCGGUCAAUCGCGCGUCUUGGCUCCUCGGCCCCAUGCGCGCGGCCAGCCCGCCCGCGUCGCGCGCGACCAGUCGCGCGUCUCGGCCACUCGGCCCCACGCGCGGGGCCAACCCGCGCGCCUCGGCCCCUCGGCCCCAUGCGCAGCCAGCACGCUGCCUCGACUUCGCGGUCAAAACGACCGCGUCGGCCCCACGUGAGCGACCAGCCCGCGCGUCUCGGCUCCUCGGCCACGCGCGCGGCUCAGCCACAAGCGCCUCGACCCCUCGGUCCCACACGCGCGGCCAACCCGCCCGCGUCGGCCCCACGCGCGACCAGCCCGCGCGUCUCAGCCACUCGACCCCACGCGCGUGACCAACCCGCGCGUCUCGGCCCCUCGGCCCCAUGCGCAGCCAGCACGCUGCCUCGACCUCGCGGCCAAAACCCCCUCGACGGCCCCACGCGCGACCAGCCAACGCGUCUCGGCUCCUCGGCCACGCGCGUAACCAGCCCGCGCAUCUCGGCUCCUCGGCCACGCGCGCGGCUGGCCCCCAAGCGCCUCGACCCUUCGGCCCCAUGCGCGGCAGCCCGCCUCAGCUACUCGGCUACGGUGCUGCCUGCUGCCUCGGCCCCAUGCGCAGCCAGCACGCUGCCUCGACCACGCGCACGGCUAGCCCGCGCGCCUCGACACCUCGGCACCGUGCGCAGCCAACACGCUGCCUCGGCCCCAGGCGCAACAAGCAGCCCGCGUCAGCUCCCCGGCUGACGGUGCGACCUGCUGCCUCGGCCCCAUACGUGGUCGCCUGCCUCAGCUGUUCGGCUGACAGUGUAACCCGCGCGCCUCGACCGCUCGCCCCAUGCGUGGCCAGCCCACGUCAGCUCCUCGGCUGAUAGCGCAACUUGUUGCCUCGGCCCCAUGCGCGGCCAGCCCGCGUCAGCUCCUCGGCUGACGGCGCAACUUGCUACCUCGGCCACGCGCUGUCGAGAUCUACCUUAGCGCGGCCUGCCCGCCUGAGCAGCGUCCGCUCGGUCGCAGACUGCCUGCAUCGAGCACCUCGGCCAACGCGUUGUCGAGAUCUACCUCAGCGUGGCCUGCCCGCCUGAGCAUCGUCCGCUCAGUCGCAGACUGCCUACGUCGAGCACCUCGGCCACACGCUGCCGAGACCUACCUCAGCGCGGCCUGCCCGCCUGAGCGGCGUCCGCUCGGUCGCAGAUUGCCCGCGUCGAGCACCUCGGCCACACGCUGUCGAGACCUACCUCAGCGCGGCCUGCCCGCCUGAGCAGCGUCCGCUCGGUCGCAGACUGCCUGCGUCGAGCACCUCGGCCAACGCGCUGCCGAGAUCCACCUUAGCGCGGCCUGCCCACCUGAGCAGCGUCCGCUCGGUCGCAGACUGCCUGCGUCGAGCACCUCGGCCAACGCGCUGUCGAGAUCCACCUCAGCGCGGCCUGCCCGCCUGAGCAGCGUCCGCUCGGUCGCAGCCUGCCUGCACCGAGCACCUCGGCUGAUCACUGCCGAGCCCAUCUCAGUGCGGCAUGCCCGCCUGAGCGGAGUCCCUCGGUCGCAGCCUGCCUGCACCGAGCACCUCGGUUAAUCACUGCCGAGCCAUCUCAGCGCGGCCCGCCCGCCUGAGCGGAGUCCCUCGGUCGCAGCCUGCUUGCACCGAGCACCUCGGCCACUCAUUGUCGAGAUCUACCUCGGCGCGGCCUAUCCGCCUAUCAUGUUCCUCGGCCGCAUGGUGCCCGAGACCGCGUCCUCGCGUCCUGCCCGCCUGCGUCGUACUACUCGGUCACAUGGCCCUCGCGACCACGCCUGCGCGGCUUGCCCGCUUGCAUCGUGCUCCUUGGCUCCAUGUUCCCGAGACAGACCAAAGCCGCCAGCCCGCCUACGUCGUACCCCUCGGCUCCAUACCCCCGGGACACGCCAGCGCGGCUAGCCCGCCCACGCCAAACUCCUCGGACAUAUUCACCGCCGAGUCUGCCUCAGGGCGGCCCACCCACCUGGGUCUCGUCUGCUCGGUCGCAGACUGCUUGCGCCGAGCCCACCUCAGCGCGGCCUGCCCGCCUGAGCGAGACCUACCUCAGCGCGGCCUGCCCGCCUGAGCGGCGUCCACUCGAUCGCAGACUGCCUGCGCCGAGCCCACCUCAGCGCUGCCUGCCCGCCUGAGCAGAGCUCGCUCGGUCGCAACCUGCCUGCACUGAGCACCUCGGCCACUCAUUGCCGAGAUCUACCUCGGCGCGGCCUGUCCGCCUAUCGUGUUCCUCGGCCGCAUGGCGCCCGAGACCGCGUCCUCGCGUCCUGCCCGCCUGCGUCGUGCUACUCGGCUGCAUGGCCCUCGCGACCACACCUGCGCGGUCACCCCGCUUGCGUCGUGCUCCUUGGCUCCAUGUUCCCGAGACAGACCAGAGCCACCAGCCCGCCUACGUCGUACCCCUCGGCUCCAUACCCCCGGGACACGUCAGCGCGACCAGCCCACCCGCGCCGAACUCCUCGGCCAUAUUCACCGUCGAGUCUACCUCAGGGCGGCCUACCCACAUGGGUCUCACCCCUCGGUCGCAGCCUGCCUACGCCGAGCCCACCUCAGCGCGGCUUGCCCGCCUGAGUGGUGCCCCUCGGUUGCAGCCUGCCUGCACCGAGCGCCUCGGCCACUUGUUGUCGAAAUCUACCUCGGCACGGCCUGUCCGCCUAUCGUGUUCCUCGGCCGCAUGGUGCCCGAGACCGCGUCCUCGCGUCCUGCCCGCCUGAUCGUGCUACUCGGUCGCAUGGCCCUCGCGACCACACCUGCGCGGUCACCCCGCCUGCGUCGUGCUCCUCGGCCCUCGCUUCCAUCACCUCCCGAGACCACACCUGCGCGGUCACCCCGCUUGCGUUGUGCUCCUCGGCCCUCGGCCUUACACCUCCCGAGACUACACCCGCGCGGCCAACCCGCCUGCGUUGUGCUCCUCGGCCCUCAUCGGCUCCAUUGCCCCCGAGCCCAAUCCUGCUCAGCUUCUUGACUAAGUUGCGCGCCUCGGCCUCGUGCUGCUCAAGAUGCGUUCGCGCGGCCGGCCCGCCUGUGUCGUGCCCCUCGGAUCCGCAUGAACAGCCCACCUGAAGCAAGAAGCCAUGCAUCGGACUCCCUGCAUGCAAGAACCGACCCAUAGCUCCUUUCGGGGGGGCAUAUGAUAGGGAUAAAAGUGGCGAUGUGACACGCCAUGACAGCACCCCCCUGAGCGACACGUUGCCCGAGGCUCGCCAUACCCUGCAGCAGCUCGGCCUCCCACGCAACCCCAGUGGCAAUGUCAGACGCCACCAAAGGUACAACAGACAGCUAUGUCAGGUAACAUCUAAACUCAUUUAUAAAUACCCCCGAGUCCUAAACAGGAAAGGGGGAUGACACACUCAACACACGGAGGCUUUUCCUCCUCCUUAACCCCCUCCACAUCUUCCUCUAACUUGAUCGUCGGAGGGGUCGGGUCGAGCACCCCGACCCGAUCUUUGUGCAGGUGUGAAGCCUUCGAAGAUCCCUGCCUUCGGAGAUUCAGCAGGCUCGAGGAGCGCCCCCACGGAGAUCACCGCCUUCCGGACCCGAACCAAGCCGUGACGGCCCCGACGCCGCGACUCAAAAAAGUUACUUACCGUAACACUAGUAAUGCUCAACACCGACCUUUGCGUGAAAGAGUAGCUAAGCUUUUAUUGAAUGCGGGGAAGAACCUUAAAUGACAUCUGCCCUUCACCAUGAUAUAUAUGAACAAAAGAGGAAGCACGGUUUCAUGUCAACAUGUACACAACGAAUGCACUUUUUUAUGAAACAAAGAAAGAGAGGUUGAAUAGCCCAUGGAAGAAAAAGCCAAUAACAUAAAGAGGCCAACAUGUAAUGAAGACAAACAUACCUGCAUACCACGUAGUCCUUCAAACCAGGAGGAAUAAAGUGGUUGGUACCCAUUUUUGUAUUACACCAUGCUUUGCAGCAACCCUUCAUUCAUCAAACAAGGACUCCAAGAGGAGCCUUCCGAUACUUUAGUUGAUCAGCAUAAACCUAACACUCGAAUCACAUGAAAAAAGUUGAUUGACAAUAUCAAAGCAAUAUAAAACAAGAAAUCUUUUUGAAUGUCUAUGUCUGGUUACUCUCUCGUUAAAAAUGAAGCUUAGAUAUUUUGAUCAACAAUUUCGAUGAAACAAAAUUGAUAAAUCAAUUAGUCCAUCAAGCUUGAAUCAAGAUAUUUGAUAUCAAACUAUUCCUAGUAUUUAUGCAUCGUGAGAAGGCAGGAAAAAACUAUUCGUUGAUAAAAUCAGAUGAUUUAUCAUGAUACGGAAUCAUCAUUUGACUACGCAUACCACGUUAAGAUUUGAUAUAUUAGAUAUAUCAUUGAUCUCGUAUUCUUGUCUUGCUCCUCGUCAAUCCCUCAACAAGUGAAACUUACCCAGCACCCAGAAACUUCCAAUCUAAUUAGAAUAAACCUAACACCAAAUUACGUGAU